CAGUGCUCCCUCGGCAGGGAAUGAGGAGCUGCUUAGGGACGUGUGUUUGUUCUGCUGCCGACUCUGGACGAUGGCCAUCAUGACGGUUCGGACAGGUUGGAGAUCUUUCCGAGAGAUCGGCGAACGUUAGAAAAGAGGAAGAAGUGGACCUGGAGUUGAAGCUCCGGUUACUGACGUGGAUUUGAAAUCAUGCCACGGUUUCUGCUUGGUCUGCAGAAUGAUGUGCUAGUCGCUGUACUCUCGGACGUUUCGGGGUCCGUGAGCAAUGGAUCAGCUCGCAAAGGACUAAAUUUGCUGACUCCCUUCCGCGAAGUCCAAAAUGAACGGCUACGCUGCCCCUACGUACCCCUCGGGAAGCUUCAGUAACUCCCAGCUGAAUGGCCACCAAUCUCCAGAGCUCCCAGCACUCGAGGCCAACAAAUCCAGCGCAAAGGCUAUCUACGGGACAGACGGGCUUUACUUCCUGCGCUCUUCUGCCAAACACAAAAAGAAAGAGCAAAGAAAGAGCUACAGUAAAAACAGCAUGAACAACAGCAUGAGCGACACAUCGCAGUACCUCGUCGAGCACCUGACCACGUUCGUCAUGGACCGUAAGGAUGCCAUGCUCACCAUCGACGACGGCAUCCGUAAGCUGCGCCUGCUGGACGCUAAAGGGAAGGUGUGGACGCAGGAGAUGCUGCUGCAGACGGAUGACAAGGCAGUGCGCCUCAUCGACGCCGACACCAAGAACGAUCUGGAGCACUUCCCUCUGGGCACGGUGCAGCACUGCCAGGCCAUCAUGAACUCCUGCAACUACGACUCCAUCCUGGCGCUGGUGUGUAAGGAGUCUGGACAGGGCAAACCAGACCUGCACCUCUUCCAGUGUGAUGACAUCAAGGCAAAUCUGAUCCAAGCGGAUAUCGAGAGUGCCAUCAACGAUCACAAGGGCGGGAAGGCCAAAAAGCGUCCAGAGGUUCUCAAAAUGAUCCGGAAGAGCGACGGCGCUAUCCCACCUCCUCCCGGCGGCCCCGCCCCGGUUCCUCCAGCAACCGUCAAUCAAGUGGCUAUGAACAGCAGAGUUGCCGCCUGGUCAAACGUGGCCAGCGAUCAUCAAGACUAUGAUGCCCAAAGGCCAUACGGGGAACAGGAUGACUCUCCGGAGAUGACCGCGAUGCAGAUCGACAGAGACGUGCAAAUCCUGAACCACAUUCUGGAUGACAUCGAGCACUUUGUCACCAAACUUCAGAAAGCUGCAGAGGCUUUUAACGAACUUUCCAAGAGGAAGAAAUCAAAAAAGAGUAAAAAGAAAGGACCAGGAGAGGGAGUGCUGACACUCCGAGCGAGGCCGCCGGGACAGGACGAAUAUGUCGACUGCUUUCAGAAAUUUAAACACGCCUUCAACUUGCUGGCAAAGUUGAAAACCCACAUCCAGAACCCGAGCGCGGUGGAUCUGGUUCAUUUCCUGUUUAAUCCACUCAAAAUGGUGGUUCACACAUCAGGAGGAGUCGACCUGGCUAAGAGCGUAGUGGUUCCCCUCCUCACCAGAGACGCCAUAGAGUUCCUGCACUCUGCAGGCACCGCUGAAGAGCGCCACCUGUGGGUCAUGCUGGGUGAUGGCUGGACUAAAUGCAGGCUGGAGUGGCCGAAGGAUCAUUACUUCCCUCCUCACACCCUGCGAUUCCGGGACGGCUGGGAGCCUCCGCUGCUAGUGAGCCGAGAGCAAGGCCUGACUCAGCUGGCUGAGAGCCUGGCUCAUGCUGACCUCCACAGACCGCAGCAGCAGGCUAACGUGCAGGAGUUCCCCUCAGCAGACGGGUACGGCUUUACCUCCACCGCCUACGAUCACACGCACCUCCUGGAUUCACACACGGCAGUGGCUGCUUUAAAGCAGGCAUUCAGCCACCACGUAGAUAGAAACGCUGAGGCCCAAGGUAGAGGCCAGCCAAGAAGUUUUGCCAAAUCAAAAUAUGACUUUGUGGCCAGAAACGGCACGGAGCUGACUGUGGUCAAGGACGAGGUGGUCGAGGUUCUGGAUGACAGGAAACAGUGGUGGAAGGUUCGAAACGGAACUGGACUUACAGGAUACGUGCCAAACAACAUCCUCGAGAUCACCAAGGCUGUGGAUGUGAAUGGACGCGGCGAGCCAAUUUACAGCCAUACCAUUCAGAAGCAGAGAACGGACGACGGGCCCAAACCUGGAAUCGCAUCCAUCCCUCCAGCUCCGACUCCCCCUCCUCCUCCUAUGUACUCGCUGCCCUACAGCGCACCUGCUCCUCUAGAGCAUCAUGGGAACUCGCCGUCCAACGUCAGCCGCCAGAGCAGCAGCAACUCCAGUGACAACGGCAGCAUCACUAUGAGAGAGCCGAAAGAGCCCGGCGUGACGCCCGCUAAUCGUACGCAUGCCGGUUGUGGCCGCAAGUCCAACAUGGAGGAGGUUCAGGACGAGCUGGUGCACAGACUCACUCUCGGCCGCAGCGCUCAGAAGAAGUUCCAGGCUCCACCGCGCAGCGGCAGUCUGCCCGCCGCCAACAUCAGCUACGACUCCACGCCCGAGGAGGUGAAAACCUGGCUCGAGGUUAAAGGCUUCAGCGCUGUGACUGUAAACAGUCUGGGCGUGCUGACCGGAGCUCAGCUCUUCUCCCUCAACAAAGACGAGCUGAAGACCGUGUGUCCCGACGACGGCGCUCGGGUCUACAGCCAGGUCACCGUACAGAAGGCCGCUCUCGAGAGGAGCUCGGGCUCUGAGCUUCAGGAGAUCAUGAGGAGGCGACAGGAGAAACUAGCAGCGACAACAGCCAGCGAUUCAGGAGUCGAGUCCUUUGAUGAGGGGAGCAGCCACUGACCCCCUCGUCCUCCUCUCCUCUCUCCUCCUCUCCUCUCCUCUGGCACUUUUUUUCCAUCCUUUUCACGUUGUCGUUUUUCAGGACGCGGUCGAGUUUGCAGCCAUCAUGCGCCGUCGUCAGGAGCUCCUGGACCCGCCCGACCACGGAAACAGCUCGGAUGUAGAUUAAGCAGCAGCACGGACACACACACAAAAAAACAAAACAAUACAAAAAAAAACAAACAAAAAAACACGUGUUUUGACAGAAGGAUGUAGGAUUUGUUAUACACUUGCUACGUAGACCAAAAUAAAGUAACACAAUGAAGACGAUUGUAGAUUUCUAAUAUACAUAUGAAAUAAGGCCGAGGGGCACGUAGUUGUUUGUCGAGUUAAGCAUUAGAUCAACGUCUCGGAUCCUGGACGUUUACGAAUAUUUCAAAAUACGAGAGUUCAAAAACAAAUCAUUGUAUAGUACUGCUGUAAUUAGUUCGAAUGAAAGAAGACACAGGAAGUGAUGUAAUGUGCGAGGUUGAUGACUAAGUGAUGGAAGGACAUGCUGAGGACGGCGAGGAGUGGGGUUUUUGCUACGGACGUGGACUAUUUUUUUUUUUUUUUUUAAAUAUAUAUAUGAAACGUUCGGAUUUAGCCUUCCAUUGAACGCGUGUACUUCACACGUUUGUAUAGUGGGCUGAAAGUAAAGCGUCUGGAACUUUACUAACCCCCCACUCGCGCGCACGCACGCGGUGGAAUCGAUACAGAAGAAUACAUUAAUGGGUGCAAUGUGACAGGGGAAUGAUGUACAUUAUCGUUUGCUGGAAAAAGAGGAUAUUUAUGUGUUUGAUAAUUUUCUAUUUAAGCCUAAUGCCAAAUGAGUAACUUUCUAUAUGACUCGCCGUGGCCACGUUUAUUAUCCCCCCCCCCCCCCCCCCCCCACGAACAUGCGUUUCUGUCCGUCCGCCCCGUCUAACACCGUAGAUACGUUUUCAGGGAUUUUUUUUUUUUUUUUUGUACUAGUGUUGCAUUGGAAACAGCUGCAUGUAUAAUCAUCUGGACAGAAUGGUUUAGUACUCUGCUUCAUAUCGUUUCUUUUGGCAUACGAUCGUCACCGGUUUGAUUUGAAACGUUUACGACGGCAUUCAGAAAGCGUGUUCGUUCCGUAUCCGUUACCGAUUCGACUCAACCUGAAUAUCUCUCCGAACACCGACCGACCGACCGACGUGACGGCCAGAAGGACUCUAGAGUAAGAUUCAGCUUUACGGUACAACGUUUCUCAACACGUUUUUUUUUUUUUUUUUUUUUUUUGCCGGAUUCUUAGUGACUCAAGUGCCAUGUCCAUACCGUACAGGAUCUUAAACAGCACUAAACGAAUAGCUCAUUUUACUUCCUCAUCUCCCGCUGGACGCUUCCUAGGAUUAUAAACUAGCGCUUAAACGGAAGGAGCUUCGAUGAGAAGAAACGAACUGGUAAAGAUCUACAGAAUGAAUAAAGAAAUCUAUGAGAUCUA